CAAAGACUGGGGACACAUAAAAUAACUUCCGUGAAGUUUUUGAAGUCCUUUUGUACAGAAGAUCGCUGCAGCAUCCAUGGGAAUAAAAUCAUUACUUGGAAAAGGUGGGAUUUUUCCAGAGAGGAAGUGUUCACCUUCCUGUUUUUGCUUCUCACUGGAUUAGUACGUGAUACCCGGGUCAUGGCUCUCACUAAAUGAUGACAUUUCUCAAGUAUAGAGAAGCUUUCUGAGGCGCCUUGGAGAAGACAUUGAAGCAAGCUAUUGGUUGAUUUCAUUGCAGAAGAAAUGAAAACAGUGUUUUUACUUUUAUACUCCCAAAAUGCCAUCUUUUAUGGUUUCUGAUUCAACACACACAUACCCUCUCUUUUUUGUAAGAAUUACCAUGUUCUGUCUUGUUUUUUACUUGGUCUCAGAUGACAUGUCUUCCACAACCAGGCAUCUAAUGGGAUUUCCUGCUUGUGCCCCUCAGAGCCGAGCUUUGCUGACUUCACCAUUCUUGAUCCAACAGUGGACACCAAAGAACUCAGAAACCACUCUGAGAGGAUGUUUCUGCUGUCUUCCAUGUGUUUGGCAUAGUGCUGAAGUCCAGGGCCACAGAGAUAAGUAAGAUAACACCCAGAUAAACAGAACGUAGGUAGUCUCUGGUUUUCUGGUAUAUGACUUUUUUUUUUUUUUUUUUUUUUCAUUUUUAAAAAAAUGUAUUUGAGACACAGGGCUCCCAUCUGCUGGCUCACUUUCCAAAUAGCCACAAUGGCUGGAGCUGGCUGGGGCUAAAGCAAAUUGCCAGAAACCCAAACCUGGUCUCAUGUAAGUGGUGGGGUCCCAGUUACAUGAGCCAUUGUUUGCUGCCUCCCAGCACUGGCAGGAAGCUGGAGAAAGAGGCCAGAGCCAGGAGUUGAACCCAGGCUGUUGGAGGUGGGAUGUGAGCCACCUAACCACUAGGCCAAAACCUGCUUCUGAUGUAUGACAACUCUGGGCAUUUGUCAGUUAUCACUGUGACGAUUUCGGUACCAGGGACUUGAUUGCCUCCACAGCCAGGCCCUUCAGAGAAGUGUUUACUCCCUUUCCUCUGCAUUUGCUUUGGGGCAGUCUCUGAAGAACUGUCUGACCCACCGUCCUCACCUUACCAGUGUUCCAACUGCUGAGCUGGGGAGAAGACUUGGAAAUUGUUUGGUUUUGCUCUUAGAAUGCACACAGUAUCAUAUCAUUAUAAGUUGGAGCCUAGAAGUGAUCCUUGUGAUCCCACCUCUUUAAAUUCCUGGUACAGGUUAAAACGCAGGUUCCAGCUCUUGCCCGUGCUUGUUGAAGCUGCUGACCAGACCAGACCAGACCAACAAGUUCUCCGGCUAAGGAUGAGGUAUCAGCCGCAAGUCAGCAUCUGAACUUCCCUCUGCCCUAGCAAAGAGCUCAGAUUGACCACGGAAAGCUCAUUGUGUGGACAUGUGCCAUAAGUGGCUGUUUGGCAGGUUAGGAUGCCUGCGUCCCAUGUCUGAGUGUCUGGGUUCAACUCCUGGUUCUGCUUCUGACUCCAGCCUCCUGCCAGUGUACAGACUGGGAGGCAGCAGUGCUGGCUGAGACGCCUGGGUUGCUGCUACCCACAGGGGAGGCCUGGAUGGAGUACCUGGCUUCACGCCUGGCCGUGAUGGGCACCUAGGGAAUCAGCCAGCAGAUGAGAGAGCUUUCUGAGUCUUCUCUGCCUUUUAAAUAAAUAAAUAGAUAAUUUUCCCUCCAAGAACAAAAGUACGCUGGUGCUGAAAUGAAGCCCUUUCUUGAAUGUCAGUGCCGUUUUUCUGGAGUCAUGGGCACCAAGGUUCCUCUUACCAGACACUGUGGCCUCUCUAGGCCUUGGAAUGUGUUGUAAUUAUUGAAAGAUGGCACCCUCAACAUCACCAACCUGAGAGAGGGGUCUUCUGGGGCCUGGGGGCUGGCUGGGAGAAGGGCCGCUCUCAUGCAUUUCCUAUCUGCCUUCUACUUUUGUGAGCACUGCUCUGUACACAAUUCAGACUGUGAAGCGAGGUUUUUUAUAUAAAUACCGACCUUUUGAAUCCCUGGUAACACUUUGACAGAUGAUUGCACAUUUUCCUGUAUUUCCUUGUAAUAAAGACUGCAUGAAUUGAACUGUGCCAGUUUCCUGACGUGAGAAGUGUAAUAUGAAUUUCUAGGUUUAAACCUAUCAAGGACCUCAGAACACCUCUGAUCAGCCCUGUAGAGCUGUGGGUUCUGCAUCCAACAGCCAACUCCAGAUCCAAAUUGUUGGUGUCACGUGCAUGCUAGAUCUGUUCAGACUUUUUUGGUAAUUAUUUCCUAAACAAUACAGUGAAAGGAUGACUUACAUAAUAUUUGUGUUUUAUUAGGUGGAGUAAGUAAUCAAAAGUAUAUGGGCGGAUUGCAUAGUUUGUGUGUAAAUACUGUCCAAAUACUUGAGCAUCUAUAGAUCUGAGUAUCCAUGUGCUUCUGGACCCAGUUCCCCGGACACUAAGGGAUGACUGUAUUUUAAUGUUUCUGAGAAUUUUUUUUCCUAGAAGUUUCUAUCUCAUGUAAAAACUGUCAAACAGACGUGAAGAACAGGUCUUGUACUACAAUGCAGAUACUUCAUAUGCUAAAGGGUUCUCUUAAAGAAUUACCACUCAGGUGACACUCAUGGAAAAAGCAUUGCUUGCUUGAUUGAUCUGGCAGUGCACAGAUGUCCUCGCACUCUGUCCCCAAACUUAGUGAAUUACAUGCGUGGUGGUAGUGGUUACUCAGGCAGAAGUUGUGGUCAUCGUCUUCAGGAGGAACAGCUAAGGCUUAGGCUCAUUCCUGGCUAUGUGGGCUGAAGACCCGGGAGGCAAGGAGUGAUCAUUCUGUCCUUUACGUGGAGGUGUCCUUUGUUUUCCUAGAUCUUGUAGGCAGUGUCAGCAGAGGGCCACAGAGGCAUCGUGACUGGUCCAUCAGCUGCAGAGCUUUCUGACUGUCAGGAACCCCAGCAGUGGUGCUCUUCAUGAAGCUGGGAAGGACCGCAGGCAGGACUGGGAACGGGAGUGAUGAGGCUGGCAGAGAUGCGACUGCUCUUGCUGGUGCCGCUGCUGCUGGUCCCCGCGCCCGGAUCUUCGGUCCCCAACGUGAGGCGGCAGGCCGACGCCUGGGGCCCCUGGGGCCAGUGGAGCCCCUGCAGCCGCACCUGUGGAGGGGGCAUCAGCUUCCGGGAGCGCCCCUGCUACUCUCAGAGGAGGGAUGGGGGCUCCAGCUGCGUGGGCCCCUUCCGGAGCCACCGCUCCUGCCGCACCGAGAGCUGCCCCGACGGCGCCCGGGACUUCCGGGCCGAGCAGUGUGCCGAGUUCGACGGUGCGGAGUUCCAGGGAAGGCGCUACAAGUGGCUGCCCUACUAUGGCGCCCCAGACAAGUGUGCGCUGCACUGCAUCCCCAGGGGGGAGAGCUUCUACUACAGGCACAGGGAAGCUGUGGUGGACGGGACGCCCUGCGAGCCAGGUGGCCGGGACGUGUGCGUGGAUGGCAGCUGCCGGGUCGUCGGCUGUGACCAUAAGCUGGACUCGCCCAAGCAGGAGGACCAGUGUCUGCAGUGUGGGGGUGAUGGCUCCACCUGCUACCCUGUCCGAGGCACCUUUGAUGCCAAUGACCUCGGCAGAGGCUAUAACCAGAUGUUCGUGAUUCCCGCGGGGGCUACCAGCAUCCGUAUCCAGGAGGCUGCGGCCAGCAGGAACUUCCUGGCCGUGAGGAAUGCUCGCGGGCAGUACUACCUCAACGGGCGCUGGACAAUUGAGGCGGCUGGGGCCCUGCCGGCAGCCAGCACCGUCCUGCAGUAUGAGCGCGGCGCUGAGGGGGAGCUGGUUCCGGAGCGGCUGCGGGCCCGGGGCCCCACGUCCGAGCCCCUGGUCAUUGAGCUCCUGAGCCAGGAGCCGAACCCUGGAGUGCAUUUCGAGUACUUCCUGCCAGUGGGCACCCCCCGCCCCGGCUUCAGCUGGAGCCACAGCUCGUGGAGUGACUGCAGCGCUGAGUGUGGCAGAGGUCAUCAGACCCGUCUGGUGUUCUGCACCACCGACACAGAGGCCUACCCCGACCACCUGUGCCAGCGCCUGCCCCGGCCUGCUACUCGCCGUCCCUGCAACCUCCAGCCCUGCCCCCAGAGCAAGCGCUGGAAGACAGGCCCCUGGUCCCCCUGCUCUGUCUCCUGCGGAGGCGGCUCCCAGUCCCGCUCCGUCUACUGUGUCUCCUUGGAUGGGGCCGGUGGCCAGGAGGCGGCGGAGGAUGCUGUGUGCGCAGGCCUGCCUGGCAAGCCACCCGCCUCUCAGGCCUGCAACCUGCAGCGCUGUGCCGCCUGGAAGGCUGGGCCCUGGGCCGAGUGCUCUGUGACCUGUGGCACUGGUGUGCGGAGGCGGAGUGUCACCUGCCGUAGUGACCAGGGGGCUUUGCUGCCUGCCACGGCGUGCCCCCUCGAGGACCGACCGUCCCUCAGUGAGCCCUGUGUGCGUGAUGACUGUCCCUUCCUCGCUGGACAGGCCUGGCACAUUGGUGCCUGGGGGAUGUGCUCCAAGAGCUGCAACUCAGGGGUUCGGAGGCGACAGGUGGUAUGUGCCCUGGGGCCUCCCAGCCACUGCCGGAACUUGCGGCGCCCAAGGCCUGUGGACAUGGAGCCCUGCAACACGCAGCCCUGCCACCUGCCCCCAGGGGUCCCCAGUGUGCAGGAUCCCCACACCCACCCCAGCCUCAGUGAGCCCAGGCCACCUCUGGAUCGGCCAGACUCCAGGAGCCAACGAUGGGCUGCCCGGGAACCCUCAACAGCCUGGCACAAUCGCAGGCCUGACUGGGGGCAUCAGCAGCUAGAGCCCGGUCCAAACCCUGGCACGCAGCCACCCCGUCCACAACCGCCCCUGAGGUCUGGCCCAGGGCCCCACGACUGCAGACACAGCCCCCAUGGGUGCUGCCCUGAUGGCUACACCACGUCGCUUGGGCCACAGUGGCAGGGCUGCCCAGGGCCCAGGGCUUCGUGUCAGCAGAGCAGGUAUGGCUGCUGCCCCGAUGGGGUGUCCAUGGCUCAGGGACCCCAGCAGGCAGGCUGUGCGAGGUCUUACGGUGGGGACAGCCGUGCGAACAGACCAGGAUCCAGAGCAGUGGCUUCCACGGGCCCCAACGCCCACUGGCCCCAGGCCCAGCAGAGUGAGCCUGCGGAGUGUCGGGGUUCCCAGUUUGGCUGUUGUUAUGACAAUGUGGCCUCUGCAGCAGGCCCCCUGGGGGAAGGCUGCGUGGGCCAGCCCGGCUAUGCCUACCCUGUGCGAUGCCUGCUGCCCAGUGCCCACGGCUCGUGCACAGACUGGGCGGCCCGCUGGUACUUCGUGGCCUCCGUGGGCCGGUGCAACCGCUUCUGGUAUGGCGGUUGUCAUGGCAAUGCCAAUAACUUUGCCUCGGAGCAGGAGUGCAUGAACACCUGCCGGGGCCCCCACCCUGAACCCCGCCUUCCAGAGUUGGGGGCUUCUGGCCAGGGCACCCAUGCACAUGGUGGCAGCGGUGGUCCUGGAGAGCAGCGGGACCCCAGCCAGCAGAGGCCUUCUGGGGGACUCUGGCGACAGGACCAGGGGCUUGGCCCUGGGGAGACCCCUCCCGGGCAGGCCUUUGGAGAACAGCUCUGGGGCCUGGUGCUCGGACCGGGCAGAGAUGCCAGACCAUCAGGGCCACCCUCCUUUGGCCCCUCUCACAGGGUCAGCUUGGCAGGCUCCCAGCCCUUCCUGGUGCAGGCAUCCCCGGGGCAGGCAGUACAGCUCUUUUGCCGAGGGGAUCCCUCUGCAGUGCCCCAGGCUGUGUGGCAGAAAGAUGGCCGGCCCAUCUCCUCUGACAGGCAUCGGCUGCAGUCCGAUGGCUCUCUGGUCAUCAGCCCACUGCGGCUUGAGGACGCUGGCAGCUACAGCUGUGGUGGCACCCGGCCAGACCAGGCCUCCCAGGAGAUCCAGCUGCAUGUCACAGGGGGUGGCGUGACCAUGCCAGCGGAGGCUGAGACUGGGAGCUUUCCUCAGGCCUGGGACCCAGCCCAGGGCCACAGGUCUCUGGACUCCGGCCUGGGAGGGGAUGCUAGCGGUCAGAGGACUGUCCCCUCCUCCCACCCACAGCCUGCAACCAGGCUCCGUCUGGACCAGAACCAGCCUGGCACAGUGGAGGUCAGUGCGGGGCAGCAGGCACGGCUGAGCUGCCGGGCGGAAGGCUUCCCGCCCCCAACCAUCGAAUGGCACCGAGACGGACAGCUCCUGUCCUCCCCGAGACACCAGUUGCUGCCUGAUGGCUCCCUGGUCAUCAACCAGGUGGCUGUGGAAGAUGGUGGCUUCUAUGCGUGCGUUGCCUUCAAUGGGCAGGACCGAGAUCAGCGGUGGGUUCAGCUCAGAGUUGAGGGGGGACUGACCAUCACCAAGCUGCCCCCUGCUGUCACAGUGCCAGAGGGUGACACAGCCAGGCUGCAGUGUGCCGUGGCAGGAGAAGGGGUGAACAUCAGGUGGUCCAGAAACGGGGUGCCGGUACAGGCUGAUGGCCACCGUGUCCACCAGUCCCCAGAUGGCACGCUGCUGAUUCACAACUUGCAGUCCAGGGAUGAGGGCUCCUACACGUGCAGCGCUUACCGUGGGAGCCAGGCUGUCAGCCGCAGCACCGAGGUGAAGGUGCUCACCCCAGCCACUGCCACCCAGCCCGCAGACCCCGGCAAGGAGUGCUUCGACCAGCCGGAGCUGGCCAACUGUGAUCUGAUCCUGAAGGCCCAGCUCUGCGGCAACGAGUACUACUCCAGCUUCUGCUGCGCCAGCUGUUCACGGUACCAGCCCCACGCUCAGCCCGUUUGGCAGCAGGGAUGAAGGCACUCCCUCUAGCCCUGGUGCCACAGCAGUUCUUAGGACUGGGGAGGAGGAAAGAUGCAAUCUGGCUGGCCAAGCGAGCCACUGUC